AUGUCAUUCGAGUCGCUUGCCAGUGCUGCGUGUGCGCAGGAAUCCAGUAGGUUGCGUAUUAUGCAGCUCAUGCGCCUGCUGCUCGCACUAUAUACAACACUGAACCACUACAGAGCUUCAACGGCGCAGAUCCAAGAAACAGCCGCAAUCGAAGAACGCGGCAGAUACCGACUGAAGUUACAACGACCUGUGCGCCAGUACAUGACCGGCGAGGUUCCAACUAACGGGCAGCCCUACCAGCUAGUUCGAAUUAUCGAGUAUCUAGUGCCAUAUCCAUACAAGCGAAAGACACCGGUUAAGGUCAUCAAGGUGAGGCCGCGAUCCGAUCCAUUCCCUCUUCCAGUCAGCAAUGACAGUUUGGAAAUAAUACCGGCCAACGUCGAGGAAUUAUUUACUUUGGAUCCACCUACCACCCAGAAGCCCAGAGCACACUUCAUGCUUAAAGUGAGGCUGCGAGAUAAGGACAUCUGCUCUGGUGCUCUGAUCUCCAAACAAUUGGUGAUCACCUCAGCUCAUUGUUUUCCCGCCAAGCCACAGCUGCAAGUCUUAUUGUAUCGUGUGGUGGCGAGCAAAAGUCGCGUCUAUACUGUCAAAGAUGUCUUGGCGGGCAAUGGCUCUCCACAGGGGGAAGAGCUGGCACUAGUUUUGCUCAAGGCACCGAUUCUAGAUGAACAAAUGCAGCCGAUUGGGUUGUGUAGCUGCGCUCUGAAGCGACACGAUAAUGUGACCAUGUACAUGACGCGCCUAAAUGUGCGAUUUCUGCGCACAUCCAUCAUAGCCAAUGGUGCCUGUAAGCGCAGCUAUGCACAGGACGAGGAUGCCUUCAUCACGGCAGCAAUGUUGUGUGCCCAGAACACGAACAAACUGAGCGAUUGCCAGACAACUCGGGGCGACAUCCUCUUACACAACGAACAGCUGUGCGGCAUCAACAUCUACGGACCCCGUUGUGUGGAGGGCGCUGUCAAUGGAGAUCUCUAUGCGAAUAUAUACAAAGUGCUCGAUUAUCUUAAACAGCAGAUUCAGCGUUAUGGCUAAGAGCGAACCCUUUCCAAAUAAAAACUCUGUAGUACAACCAAAA